GUUUUGUUCCUUCAUGGCGUAGUAUUGGGUAGACUAGGUACAGUCGAUCUUUUGUGGAGGGUAUGGCCGCUUGACAUCUGUCUGAUCGCGCGGCAUCAAUCAAGCUUUCUGGUCAUAAAAGCUAGCCAUAGAUCACGCAUGCUUUGGUUUGGCCGCUGGCAUGGAAACGGAAUUCAGCCACGCCCACAUACGAUCUAGAGCUAGCUGCGUGCGCAGGUUAGCGGGAAAGAACCGAGGGUAUAGAGUAGGCAACAGCAAUGUCUCAGCAGGGCGCACAGCUACAGGGCUACAACAACGAGCUCAUAAAAUGCAUCGAGGACCUGAGUGCGAAGCGAGACGAGCUCCACAGGCAGAUCUUGCUGGAGGAAGAGGAGAAGCAGCGAGUCCAGCACGACCUCCACAUCAUCACUGAGCGACUGGCGGCCAUCAACGAGAGCCUGGCCCGGAAGAUUGCCAUCAGGAACGACUAUGACCGCACCAUCGCAGAGACGGAGGGCGCUUACAAAAAGAUUCUGGAGAGCUCCCAGUCACUGCUCCACGUGCUGAAGAGAGAGGGUACGACACUCAGAGACAAGGCUAGGGUUGACACUACUGCCUCCAAGCCAUCUUCUCUCCACAGAACUCAGUAGUGUCGACCUUCACUCCUGCACUCUCCACACACACAACAUAAUAAUUAAGUACACACUCACAUCCUGUCUUUGCUGUUGUCUCAAUGUCAU